AUGGCUCUGAUAAGCCAACACCUCACUCUUCCUCCACCAUUUCCCUUCCUUCACAAUCACUCUCCAAACUCUCCCUUCUCAAAGCCUUGCCUCUUUGUGUUCUCCAAAAACCUCAGACUUUUCUCUCUGCACGCAGCUUCCUCCUCCUCCACUCCCACUCCUCACUCCUCAACCCCCAUUUUCCUUCCCUUUCUCCAAGACGACGACGACGACGAAGAAGAAGAAGAACCAGAAGGCCUGCAAGAACUUGAAGAAGAAGAGGAGGACCCAGAUGAUCCAAUUCUCAGAUUCUUCAAGUCUCGCAGUUCAACCCAGGACCCUCAACGUGAAGGCAAGCUCUCUCUUCAAAAGAACCGUCGCUCUUCUUGGCGUUUAGCUGACGAUACCCAACUCGUAGACGAAUCAGAAACUGACUCUGGCAUCGAAGGAGUGCUUGAACAACAAAAGGAACAAGCCAGACAAUUGAAUUUUGAUUCAAGGGCGUUGUCCGAGGAAAUUGUCGAAGAAAUUUUGCAAAAAGCAAGGACGCUGCCUCAAAACUUGACAUUGGGAGAGGUAUUGGGAGGUUUUGAAGGAAGGGUUGGUGAGAAAGAGUCCGUGAAAGUGUUGGAGUUGAUGGGCAAGGAGGGCCUUUUAAUGGGUUGCUUGUAUUUCUAUGAGUGGAUGGGUUUGCAGGAAACUUCUCUAGUUACUCCUAGGGCGUGUUCAGUUUUGUUUCCUAUGUUGGGGAGAGCUGGAAUGGGCGAUAAGUUGAUGAUUUUGUUUAGGAAUUUACCAGCUAAGAAGGAGUUCAGGGAUGUUCAUGUUUAUAAUGCCGCAAUUUCUGGCUUAAUGUGCUCUAAGAGGUAUGAUGAUGCUUGGGAGGUAUAUGAGGCAAUGGAAGCAAAUAAUACCCUUCCGGAUCAUGUGACAUGUUCAAUUAUGAUUACUGUCAUGAGAAAAGUUGGCCGUAGUGCAAAAGAUUCAUGGCAGUUCUUUGAGAGAAUGAAUAGGAAAGGCGUCAAAUGGAGUCAAGAAGUUUUGGGUGCUCUUAUAAAAUCAUUCUGUGAUGAGGGGCUGAAAAGUGAAGCCCUUAUCAUUCAAGUAGAAAUGGAAAAGAAAGGGGUCUCAUCAAAUGCCAUUGUUUAUAAUACUUUAAUGGAUACUUUUUGUAAUUCCAACCAAGUUGAAGAAGCUGAAGGUCUCUUUGCUGAGAUGAAAUCAAGAGGCAUCAAACCAACAGCAGCCACCUUCAAUAUUUUAAUGAGCACAUACAGCAGAAAAAUGCAGACUGAGAUUGUUGAGAAGCUGCUGGUAGAAAUGCAGGAUAUGGGAUUGGAGCCAAAUGUCAAAUCCUAUACAUGUCUUAUCAGUGCGUAUGGGAGGCAGAAGAAGAUGAGUGACAUGGCUGCAGAUGCAUUUUUGAGGAUGAAGAAAGCUGGUAUAAGUCCAACUUCACAUUCUUAUACAGCUCUCAUUCAUGCAUUUUCAGUCAGUGGCUGGCAUGAGAAAGCUUACAUUGCAUUUGAGAACAUGCAAAAAGAAGGCUUAAAGCCCUCCAUAGAAACAUAUACUGCUUUACUGGAUGCAUUUAGGCGUGCUGGGGAUGCACAGAUGUUGAUGAAAAUAUGGAAAUUGAUGAUCAAAGAGAAGAUUGAAGGGACUAAGGUGACAUUCAACACUCUUCUUGAUGGAUUUGCUAAACAAGGUCACUAUACUGAAGCAAGAGAUGUGAUUUCUGAAUUUGGGAAUAUAGGUUUGCAGCCAACAGUGAUGACAUAUAAUAUGCUGAUGAAUGCAUAUGCACGGGGAGGGCAACACUCAAAGUUGCCGCAGCUGUUGAAAGAGAUGGCAGCUCUCAAUUUAAAACCUGAUUCUGUAACAUACUCGACCAUGAUCUAUGCCUAUGUCCGUGUUCGUGAUUUCAAAAGAGCAUUUUUCUACCACAAGCAAAUGGUAAAAAGUGGACAAAUGCCAGAUGCCAGGUCUUAUGAGAAGCUUAGGGCAAUUUUGGAUGUAAAAGCUGCAAGAAAGAACAAGAAGGACAGGAGUGCUAUACUCGGUAUAAUUAAUAGCAAAAUGGGGUUGUUGAAAAUUAAGAAGAAGGGAAAGAAAGAUGAGUUCUGGAAGAACAAGAAAAAGCGCUACGUGAGAACUGAUAACUCACAGUGA